UAAAAAAAAUUGCAAGACUUGGUCUAAAACACAAUUCCUCAAUAUUUUAAUCAAACUAAUGCGUUUGGAUUGAAACGUUGUUAAUAAUAUAUAUAAGGGAAAUGGCGUUUAAAUGAAUCAGAAAAUUAACUCUUAUCCAUUUUUUCAUUCCACUUCAGCGUAUGACUCCAAAAUCUUAAUAAAAACGAAGUCAAUCUUAUGUCUCUUUCUACAAUUUGUAAAUAAUAUAUCUGUUAUAUCAAACACAGUUCCAGCACUGUCCUGGUCUUAAGCAAAUCCCGUGUAUCUUCAACCUUAGGAAAGCAUUAUACGGUUUAGUAAAUUUGAUAUCUUCAUUUGAAUGCUGCAACUUCAUACCCUUCAAAUGGAGGUGGUAAAGGGAUCGAAAUUCUAUGUUUUAGUCAAUAUCUGGUUAUGCUGCUAUUUUUUGUGCGUAUCUCAUGCAUCAGAUAACCUAAGACAAGGACAGACUUUGAGAAGUAAUCAAACAUUGGUGUCUUCUAGUGGGGUUUUUGAGCUUGGUUUCUUCAACUUCACCAACAAAUAUUACUUGGGAACCUGGUUAAAGAAUGACAAAUACAAGAAAGCAGUUUGGAUUGCAAAUCAGGAAAAACCCAUGAUCGGUGACCCAGUUCUGUACAUAAGUGAAGAAGAUGGGAACUUGGUGAUGAGUGAUGAGAGAGGAGUCCCCACAGCUGUAAGCGAAGGAGCAUUUUCCAAAGAUGCUAUUACCAGUGCCAAGCUUUUUGACACAGGAAAUCUGGUUCUUUUUGAGGGGAACAAAACCGUUUGGCAGAGUUUCAAUUACCCCACAGAUACAUUUCUUCCCGGAAUGAAACUAGGCUUGUUCAACCUGAACACAGAACGCUCAAGGAAACGAUUCCUUGUAUCGUGGUUAAGCCCUUUGGACCCUUCCAAAGGUAAUUUUCUUCUUGGUCUGGAUUCUGAAAAUAAGACACGCUUUGAUGUUUGGCGGACCAAUGUCAAUCCGGCUUUCCAGGAGAUUGGUAAUUGGGAUGGCAAAAGUUUCAAGCUGUUUUUUGAUACCUUGUCAAGAAAAUAUAAUUUCAGCUUUGUAUCAAACCAUAAGGAAACAUAUCUUUCUUUUACUAGUAAUGAAGAAGGUACUUUUUCAUGGUUUGAGUUAGCUUCAAAUGGGGAGAUUAAUGAGCUUACACUGGUUGGGAAGGAGAUUAAAAUACAGAAUCAUUCGCUAUGCCAUGACACAAUGAUGAGAAAUUCAAGUGGAUGUUUGUCACUGAUGCCAUCCCUCUGCAGAGAUGGAGAUAAGUUCUCAGAGAUCACAGGGUUGAUGCCGAAUUAUAUGAGGGUAAAUAUGACAGUGCGGAUGGGUGCCAGCGACUGUGAGUUGACCUGCAAAAGCGAUUGUUCGUGUACCGCAUAUGCAACUUUUUAUGGUGACAACAAAAUCUGUGAAAUUUAUUAUGGAAAUAAAAGUGAUCUGCAGAUACCACAGAGAGGAAACCACAGCAUCUAUGUUCGCGGUGACCUUUCAACCCAGUCCAGUGGCUCUAGUGGCUCCGGUAAGCUUUCCAUACUGAACAAAUGAGAAAAUCAAACAAUCAACUCUGUUUUGGUUUAGCCAGAUGGCUUCAUCACCAACUUAAAAAUAAGGAAAUCAUAGAUACGUCAAAAGCUGAGUUUAGAUUGUUGCAGAAUUUGGUCUCCUGUUCCCUUUCUGUUCUCCAUCUUCUAUCCUGUCUUAGAGAUAAGUUUUGUUAUUAUCAUAUUACAAAUGAGUCCAUGCAGAUUUGUGACACUCUUUUCAAUCAAGAAUUUACAAUAAUGUUGCAUGUAUAAAAUAACUAGUUGUGAAUUUUCCAACACUAUCUGACACAUAUAUUAUUCAUUUUGAAUGCUUGGAAAAUGCCUGCUGAUAAGAGAAGCGAUGUACUUUCUCUUUCUAUUCUGUAAAAUGUGAACCUGAUGAACAAUCAUUUUUCCUUCUUAGAUCACAAAAGGAUAUCAGGUCUGUUGGCUGUGAUUCUAGUUCCAGUGAUGUCCCUGAUAUUUCUCAUUGUGCUUGUGUACUUCUGUUGUUCAAACCAGAGAAACUCCAUACCCAUAGGUAAAACCCAUGGAAGUUUUACAAGAUUGACCACCUUUCCAGUUCUUUUCCAUAUAAUUCUGAUGAGAUCACUAAUUGUGUGUGUCAAGCAGGAAUAGAUACAAGUCAAGGUGUGACAAGCGAGAAGCUUUUAUCGAUAUUUUGGGGUAAACAAAAAGAAAGUAACCUAAAUGAACGUGAACUCAGCAGGGAGAAUAAAGAAUUGCCAAUGCUUAGCUUUUCCUCCAUUUCAGCUGCCACUGGAAACUUCUCUCUUGCAAAUAAACUUGGAGAGGGUGGAUUUGGACCUGUUUUUAAGGUAUUUUUGUUCUGUAAAGUAGAAUUGACAAAUCACUGGCCAAACAAAAAGGAAAAAUCUCUUCCAAAUCUUUAGGAUUCUGAGUAGUUCUGCAAUAUAAAUUCUCUCACAGUGUGAGGCUAAUCCUACUACUAAGCUCUACUGCUAAGGUACAAACAAAAAUAAAGGAGUGGCUAAUGAUCAAACGACACACUCAGUAACCGAACUUACAAGCGUCCAAUAUUUGGUGCAGGGUACAUUACCUGGCGUUGAAGUUGCUGUCAAAAGGCUUUCAAAACAUUCUGGACAAGGAGUUGAGGAGUUCAGGACUGAGGUGCAGCUUAUUUCCGAGCUUCAGCAUAGAAAUCUAGUUAAGCUUCUGGGUUGCUGCAUUCAUGGGGAAGAAAUGAUAUUAGUUUAUGAGUACAUGCCAAACAGAAGCUUGGAUGCCUUCAUUUUUGGUAUGAAAACUUCUCAUACAUUGAUCUUUUUCCUGUAUAAAUCUUCUUCUGUGUCUCUGAGUUUAAUGAGCCAAUUCAUAUCCCUGAAUUUACAAUUAAUGCAGAUUCAAGAAGGCGAACACUACUGGACUGGGGACAACGCAAACUCAUAAUUGAAGGGACUGCUCAAGGGCUUCUUUAUCUUCACAAAUACUCGAGAGUAAGAAUUAUUCAUCGAGAUUUGAAAACCAGCAACAUAUUGUUGGAUGCUUACAUGAACCCAAAAUAUCAGACUUCGGCAUGGCAAGAAUUUUUCAUGAGAAUGAAUCUCAAGCAGUAACAAGAAGAGUAGUUGGAACAUAGUAAGUACUCUGUUAUCUCCUUAAAAUGUAAAAACUAUACCAAUCUAAGAUGACUGUAUUAGUUAAGCAACAUUUUUUUUUUUAUUCAUAUAUAUAUGUAUAUUGUGUUUUGAUAUAAUAUAUGACUACCUUUCUCCUUUUUUCUUUCUUUCUUUUUUUCUUUUUUCCCUGGACACAGUGGUUAUAUGUCUCCUGAAUAUGCUGUCCACGGCCAUUUCUCUACAAAAUCUGAUAUAUACAGCUAUGGAGUAAUUUUGCUAGAAAUAGUGAGUGGCCACAAAAACACAACCAUUUUCGAGUAUUCAGGCUGUUCUUUGAACUUGAUUGGAUAUGUGAGUAAUCAUAACGGCUUUUUCUUAUUUCAAUUCUCAAACACUUCUGUUAAUAUAACUCUUCUAAAGUUACAAAUAUGAAUCUGUGAAGGCUUGGAACCUAUGUUAUGAUGGACGAGCAUGGGAAUUACUGGAUCCAACAGUGGUUAAUUCAUGUACCAUGAGUGAACUUCUGUUAUGCAUACAGGUUGGCCUCUUAUGUGUCCAAGAAAAUCCUGAAGAUAGACCGUCCAUGUCGGAUGUUGUUUCGAUGCUCGGGAAUGAAAGAACAGAUUUGCCUCCUCCAAAGCAGCCUGCCUUGUCUACUUAUUUUAAUGUGGGAGAAAUUGAUUCUCCAAGAAUUGAGCAACACAAACCCUCACAAGUUAAUAUAACAAUGUCAGCAGUACAUGCUCGAUAGUGCAGCCAUAGAGGAAAGAUACAGCAUUCUCUCUAUUGCAUGUCUAUUGCAUGGUUUCAUUUGAAGUUGAUCGGUUGUGUCGUUUUAUUUUUUUAUUUUUUUUCCCAAACUUCUGUGAUGCUGGUAGGCAAAAGAAACCUCAAAUUUCAUUAUAUGCAUAUAAUGUACAGACACUAAAUGAGGGGGUUUUAAUAGAUGUUUUUCUCUUGUGAUUAAGGCCAUGUAAGAUGUAUCCUGGUGGUAAUCCUGCUACAGCCUAAGGAAUUUUAUUGAAAUAGAUAUCUUUGGCAUAUAACUGCUGUCCAGCAAUCAGUAUACCAUUUAUUAAAGUAUCUGCCUGUUUCCAUAACUAUAACUUUUCAUCAAGUCUUCAAUGUUUGUUUGUUUUCUUCCCUUUUAAUCCUAUGUCAUGAAUUAAUAUACAGAGUUUAUUAGUAUUAAUCAUACUUCAAAGUCACAAACGGGAUGAAAAAUUCCCUAGUGUAAAAAAGUUUAAAGUGUUGACAAAAGAUAAACAAAUAUGUAAAAUCAGGAAAUUAAUACCUAAAAGAUGCAACCCCCUGAUCACUUGCUUCUUUUCUUUGAUGGUAAU